GAUCAGUUUGGAUAGUUCCACCAGUUUGAUUAGAUUUCAAUUUAAUUUUAAACUAUUGCGAUGGAUUUGAUUCUAAUUAAUCAUGUAAAUCAAAGAAUUCAGAUCUUCUUCUAUCUUGCACAUUUGGGAGUAUAUUUCAAUAAAUUUAUUUUUUUAUUUUUUUUUAAUUUUUUUUUAAUUUUUUUUUUAUUUUUUUUCAUCCAAUACAUUGUAAUCCAUACAACAAUCACAAAAUAACAUUAAGGUGAGAAUCCAACUAUUAUAUAACAUUAUAUUUUUAAUUUAAUGAUAAAAUGAUUUUAUAAACUACACAAAUUUACCUUCGUAAAUAUCAAUACCACUCGAAUUCAAAUCUUCGAUAGUACAAAACGAGUAUUAUACUGCAUUAGAAAAUUACGAUUACUUGCACGUUUGAGUGAUCAUGAUCAUCAUUGCAAUACAACAUCGGGCUAAAUUGACUCUCCACUUUACAAUUCUUUUAUUUUUAAUUACCCACAAAAAAAAAUUACUGUAAAAAAAAAAAAAAAAAGUCUGUAAUCCAGGGGUAUUAACGUAAUUGGGAUUUGACAGAUGAGCAAGAGCCCCUUCCAUUCCAAACGAGAGCACGUACAAAACACAAAUGCGGUUUGUUGGGUUUUAUUUAACAUGACUUCCCUCAAAUGCUCUCCGUUUCAUCAUUUCUAUCUCUUUCUCUGUUGCAUCAUUUAAUAGGCAUAUUAAUUUUGUUGGGGCUCAAAAAUCUCAUGUCCUUCUUCUCUUCUUUUCUCUCUCUCCAAACACUACGGAAGAGAGAAUAAGAAUGAGAAGCAAAGACAAAGAGUACACAGCUCCAAUUUUCAAAUAUGUGUUUGGACGAGUUUUGAGAAUCUUCUCCACCAUGGGCAACUGCUGCAAGCUCCCUGUAAAAGCUUACAGCGGUUUGAACUUCAAGGGACCCUCUGAAGCCAAGAAAUAUGCCCAUAAUAUUGGUCAUGCUUCAUCUCCUCCCGGUCUGACAGUUCAGUCAUCAAAUGAGAAGGGUAUAGCUCGGAACCUGCCAAGUGCAAGAUCUGAGAGUGAAAUUUUGUCAACGCCAAAUUUGAAAGCCUUCCUUUUUAGUGAGCUAAAAGAUGCCACUCGAAACUUCCGUCAGGACAGUCUUCUUGGGGAAGGUGGUUUUGGCUAUGUUUUCAAAGGAUGGUUGGAUGAGAAAACCCUUGCUGCUUCGAAGCCUGGAUCUGGAAUAGUUGUGGCUGUAAAGAAGCUUAAACCUCAAGGCUUCCAGGGCCAUAAGGAGUGGUUGUCGGAAGUGAAUUAUCUUGGCCAACUUCAUCAUCCAAAUCUGGUGAAACUUAUUGGGUUCUGCUUGGAUGGUGAUAAUCGGUUGUUGGUGUAUGAGUUCAUGCCUAGAGGCAGCUUGGAGAAUCAUCUAUUUAGAAGAGGUGCACAACCACUUCCUUGGGCAACAAGGAUUAAAGUUGCCAUAGGUGCUGCUCGUGGCCUCUCUUUUCUGCAUGACUCUGAAUCACAAGUCAUAUACCGUGAUUUUAAAGCUUCUAAUAUCCUGCUAGAUUCGGAGUUUAAUGCAAAACUUUCGGACUUUGGCUUGGCAAAAGCAGGCCCUACAGGUGAUCAUACUCAUGUAUCUACUCAAGUCGUGGGCACUCAUGGGUACGCUGCCCCUGAAUAUGUUACCACAGGUCGGUUGACUGCAAAAUGUGAUGUCUAUAGCUUUGGAGUAGUGCUGUUGGAGCUGCUUACAGGGCGCCGAGUUGUUGAUAAAUCUAAAGUUGGUGCAGAGCAGAAGCUGGUGGAAUGGGUGAGACCUCAGUUGGAUAAUAAGCGCAAAUUAUUCAGAAUCAUGGACACUAAGCUGGAAGGACAGUAUCCUCGGAAAGGCGCUUACAUGGCUAUCGUUCUUGCAUUGCAUUGUGCAAGUUAUGAAGCCAAGCGUCGGCCACCAAUGUCUGAGGUCUUAGCUAUUCUAGAAAAGCUCCCAUCCCCGAAAUUCUCGACCAUGCCUUCCCCUUCGGAGAAUAAAUCGGUUCCUAGCCCUCUUUCCAAGUCACUUAAGCAUGACCACUCUUCGUCUUUGAACUCGACUCCUCAAGGCUCCCCUUUGCCAGCAAACAAGAAAUCCCCACAGGGACGAUGAACGGGGUAAGUGUUCAUGUCAAAUGAAUUCUCAAUGUAAAUCCCCUUCUUGGAACUGAUUUCUGGGGUUAGAAUUUAAUCAUAUAAAUGUAAAUCAUUUUUAUUAUCAAUGUA